GGUCGUCUCAGUGGCCAUAGAGGAACUCGGGCCGUGCAUUGGUGGCGGGGACAGCCGGGCAGAGGGGACUGACAGGGUCACAUGCGAGCGGGGCUGGCAGAGUGGGACUGUGUCCUUCAGCCUGGGGGGCACAGGCAGAGGAGACCCCCACUGUGGGGUCUCAGGUGCUCUGGCGAGCUCCCUGGGCCAGAUCCGGUGUCCUAUGCGUGCGUACAGUCCCUGUGCAAGAGUGGGGCCUCGCAUCCACUGUCGCGUGUCCUGUGCGGGAGAAGGGGCAGGAGGCCUGGCCGCAGGGCAGGUUCCAGGCCACUCCCCCUGGCUCCAUCCUCCGGGCACUUCGCCCCGUCCUGCCGGUUCGGUCCCUGCCACCGCCCGGUGUCCACGCCUCCCUGCCCUGAGCCCACUCCUGCCCGGGAGCUGCUGACCACCCUCAGCCCUCUGUGCCCCCUCGCCCCUGCCCACCUGCUGGGCUGGCCCUUCUCUGGUCUCAGCCUGCUGCACCCCAGCUCCCUCCUCGGUGGGACCCCCAGCCAGCCCCACCAGCCAGGAUGGGUGGAGAGGGGUGGGGGGCGCGAGCUGGGUGGGGCUGUGCUCCCUUGCUCUCCGGCCAGCAUCCGCACCCCCUUCCCCAGAGCCCCGGACCCCAGCCCCUGUGAGGAAGGUGCCCUGGUUUUCCGGGGCAUGUCUGGCCUACCUUGGCGGGCAGUGGGCGGGCGGCUGGGCUCGCAGGGGCAGUGUUGGAGGCCCCGGCAGGUGAGGCCCCCCUUUCCCUUUGACUCAUUUGCAUACCGUCUUUCCGCUCAGAGCCUUUCCUUCUGCUCUGCCGGGGCCUCCCCCAGCUAGUAGGUCCCAACGUGGCGGCGAGUCGCAGCCCUGUCUGGAGGGUUUCAGAGACACCUACCCCUGGGCGAGGCGGGCACAGAGGCCUGCGGCUUGACCGUGCGCACCCCGAGGCGUGUGGCACCGGGUGCCGUGUGGAGGGGUGAGGCGAGGCGGGCAGACAGUGCCACAGGUGGAGGAGAGGGGAGGCUGGGGCCUGGGACUCCGGCAGCGCUAGGCCGGGCCGCCCCUGGUGGUUUCCCCAUCCGUCCCCAACAUUGCGCAAGGCCCCGCCUGGGCUCUGAAGGGAGCUCGAGCGGGUCUCCACACUCCCUCGGUGACCCCCGGGGGCGGGCAGAGGAGCGGGACGGUCCAGCAGGCCCGGCGAGGCCCCUGGGAGAACUGAGACCUGCUGCUUCCAGAGCACAACCUGGGGACCAGGCGUGAGGUUAGAGGUCAGAGACCUGGGGCCAGCCACAACCCCCCAUGUGGCUCGUCUGGGCUGGGGGACCGAGAGGAAGCGGAAGCAGCCAGGGACACGGGCCCCCCGGGCGCUGCCCUUUCACUUCCUGUGCGGUGCCAGCCCCCUGCGCCCGGCCCCAGCAGCCGAGUGGCUCCUUCCCCUUCCAGCCUGGAAAGCCCCCUGCCCGCACCGCCCUCCAGGGCCCAGGGCCCGGGGCUGCCUCAAGGCCGGAGGCUGAGCUGGGCACAGUGCGGGGAGCUAGGCGAGAGCAAGCACCUGCUCCUCAGGGCUUCUGCAGUGGACACAGCCCCCCUGGGACCUGGCUCUGGUCGGGGUGGGCAGUGAGGAGGCCACUGGGACUGAGCACCUGUGCCCGGCUGCAGCGGGAGGGAGCAGGGCUGAGGCUGGCAGACACUGCUCCCGGGGUUACCCCGGCCGGCCUGGGAAGCGGGCAAAGGCUGGACACUGUUCGGGCCUGUGCUGGCCCACGACGGCCACCUCCAGGGCAGGGGACAGCGGAAGGCAUCCCAGCCCCCAACCGUGGCCGAGGAGAGGCAGGGUGGACACAGGAAGCUGUGGUUUCAGGGUGUCUGUGGCCGUGGUGACUGAGACUCAGAACGGUGCCUGCGGGGGCUGAUCUCCAUGGUCCGUGCCGGUUGCAGUCCGGCCCAGAGGCUGGGGGCCCUGGCGUGUGUGGGCCUGCUGGGGGUCCUCUGGCUCCUGUGGCCGCUGGGGCCAGCUCCCAGGGCAGUCCCCCACUCCCAGGGCAGUCCCCCACUCACCAUUCUGGUCUGGCACUGGCCCUUCGGCCAGCAGCCCCCAGAGCUGCCCAGGAAUACCUGCGCCAGCUUCGGGGUGGCCAACUGCCUCCUGAGCACUGACCGCAGCCUGCUGGCCCUCGCGGACGCCGUGGUCUUCCACCACAGGGACCUGCAGGCCCCGGGGGCCCACCUGCCCCUGGCCUCGCGCCCGCCGGGCCAGCCCUGGGUGUGGGCCUCGCUGGAGUCCCCCAGCCACACACACGGCCUGGGCCGCCUCGGAGGCAUCUUCAACUGGGUGCUGAGCUACCGGCGGGACGCCGACAUCUCCGUGCCCUACGGCUGCCUGGAGCCCCAGCAGGGGCCCGUGCCCCCGCUGCCCCCCAAGAGCGGGCUGGCCGCCUGGGUGGUCAGCAACUUCCAGGAGUGGCACCAGCGCACACGGCUCUUCCGGCAGCUGCAGCCGCACCUGCAGGUGGACGUGUUUGGCCAGGCUGCCCGGCGGCCGCUGUGCAACAGCUGCCUGCUGCCCACCGUGGGCCGCUACCUCUUCUACCUGGCCUUCGAGAACUCACAGCACCGCGACUACAUCACGGAGAAGUUCUGGCGCAAUGCGCUGGUGGCUGGCACCGUGCCCGUGGUGCUGGGCCCCCCGCGGGCCACCUACGAGGCCUUCGUCCCCCCCAACGCCUUUGUGCACGUGGAGGACUUCAGCUCUGCCCACGAGCUGGCCGCCUUCCUCACUGGCAUGAACCAGAGCAGCUACUGGCGCUACUUCGCCUGGCGAGAUCGGUUCCGCGUCCGGCUGAUCAGCGACUGGAGGGAGCGGUUUUGUGCCAUCUGCACGCACUACCCCCACCUGCCCCGGGAUAAGGUGUACCAGGACCUGGAGCGCUGGUACCAGGCCUGAGCAGAGCCUGGGGGUGGGGCUCAGACUGUCUCACCGACAGAGCGGCAGCGUGGGUCUUCACGGCAGCCGCAGCUCAUGCCGGCACCGCCAGGUUCAGUAAGUGCCGAGCAGCAGGGACCCAGCUGGGCUCCUGGCUGCGUGCUCUUGUGGCAACCGCAAUAAAGAUGA